AAUUUGCCCAUUCCCCCGUCGCUGCUGUGACCUGAUCUCUCGUUCGAAAAAUGGGAGAUUAUGGAAACCCUAGGUCGGCUUCAAUUUCUCUUCCACCGGGAUCUGGAUUUUACCCCUCCGACGAGCAAGUAUUCUGCCAUUACCUUUCUUGUAAGAACAACACAAGACAGAAACCUGACAGUGAAAAUCUUGACGGCUAUGAUCUCAUUAAAGAACUUGAUUUGUACAAUUACGAUCCGUACGAGUUGCCGGACACUUCGAGCUUCGCUUACGGGUACAAGAACGACAAGAAGCACUGGUAUUGCUUCACGGUUAGGGUUUUAGAGAGCAAGGGAGGGAGGAGAAAGGCCAAAGGAGGGUACUGGAGGAGGGGAGCGAAGGUUAGGAACGUGAUGGGAGCAGGAGGAAAGGCUGUUCUUGGAACGAAAACGAUGUUCGUGUAUUAUCUCGACAACUCGCAGAAGAGUGCGGUGAAAACGGAUUGGGUCAUGUACGAAUAUGCCCAACAUGAGGACCAUAAGACUUCUUUUGUUCUAUGCCGAGUGUUCAUCAGAUCCAAUGGUGGGAAUAGCAUCAGCAUGUCAGAUAAUGUUUUGAAUUCUUGUGCUGAACAAACUGCUUCUGCAGUGCGUCAUGUUGGUAUCCAGUAUGAUGGGCAUCUUGCUUCUGAAGCUCAAGUGCAUGAUGACGUAUCUGUUGACAGGAGAAAUAAUAUAUCAAGGUAUCCCCAGGAUCUGCCUAGCAAGAAGAAUGAUUGUCUGGUUGUUAAGAAGCCUGCUUCUGAUGCCAGUUUUCACGUUUCUCCAAGCAUUAAACCCAAUGAACAGGUGAGGUCGAUUGGGCUUACUGGCAGUGAUAUAUCUGUUGAUACCUUAACUGCGCAAGAAUUAGUCUCCAUUCUCGAGGAAGAUUUCAUGGAGUUGGAUGAUCUCGUGGAUUGAUCAUCCAAAACAAAUAUUUGUAGAUAUGUGUGUUUAUACUCUGAAAAUAAUGAGUUGGGAUAUAGGUUUAUAACCCAUGAAAAUGCAAAAAGAAGACACUGCUUUGAACUUUGUCAUGAAAAAAUGUCUUAAGAACAUUAGACGGAGAUAUAUUUUGCCACAAUUCUGCUGUGAAGCUGGGAGAGAUAUCAUGGACGAUAGCUGCAUUAGUUACCAUUUUAUUGGCCAACUUGGUUUUGAAGUCGAGAGAGAUGUCACAGAAGCAUUAUAUCAUCUAUAAAGAUUGCCUUGUGCCCAAUGACAGACACUUUUAUCCGGUGGAAUGGUGAACAAGGUCGAUAUGCUGGAUGAUGGUUAUUUCAAUUCUCAAGAUCUCAGUAUUAGCUGCUAUGUUGGACUAUUGAUGAUAGAGAUCAUUAUUUACGUUCUUCGAAAGUAGAUUUUCCCUCUUGUUUACUACCUUUAAUUCUCCAAGUUUAGGCUGCCUAUUGUCGUUUGUUUCUUCAGUUUCAUGUGUUGCUGUAGGAGCUAAAACUAUUGCUAGAUUAUGGAUGAGACAACUAUGCUCUCCUCCCUUCUCGCUAGGGCCUUCGUUUUGCAAGGCUCCUCCUUACUUUAAAUUGCCUUGUGUUCCAUUUUUGAAUUCCA